CUGAUAGGUGGCACUGGUUGGCAUUGAUAGGUGGCACUGACUGGCACUGAUGGGUGACAUUGAAAGGCAGCUCAGAUGGGCACUGAUAUGUGGCAUUGAUGUGCACUGGUAGGCACUGAUAUGUGGCAUUGAUGUGGCACUGAUGGGCACUGGCUGCUGGCACUGAUGGACACUGACAGGUGGCAUUUCUGGGGCCACGCUGAUCAUCAGGGCACACUGAUUAUCACUAUCGGCGUGACAGCUCGAGAGGAGAGAAAUGCCGAUGACCGACAU